GAAGAUGGCGGAGUCCGGUGGGGCCGAGUUCGCGGCGGAGCGGCCGAGCAGCAUGGCUGACAAGAACAGCACCCUGAAAUGCACGUUCUCUGCUCCUGGCCACAGCACCACUCUGCUGCAGGGACUGGCCUCGCUCCGAGCUCAGGCUCAGCUGCUUGAUGUCAUCCUCACCAUAAAUAAUGAAGUGUUUCAGGUUCAUAAAGUUGUCUUGGCUGCCUGCAGUGACUAUUUCAGGGCAAUGUUCACAGGCGGGAUGAGAGAAGCCAGCCAAGAUGUGAUCGAACUGAAGGGUGUAUCUGCAAAGGGCCUGAAACACAUCAUAGACUUUGCCUACAGUGCUGAAGUGACUCUUGAUCUCGACUGCAUCCAGGAUGUUCUGGGAGCUGCUGUCUUCCUCCAGAUGGUGCCUGUGGUGGAGCUCUGUGAAGAAUUCCUGAAGUCUGCCAUGAGCGUAGAAACGUGUCUCAACAUCGGGCAGAUGGCCACCACCUUCAGCCUCGCGUCCUUGAAGGAAUCAGUCGAUGCCUUCACUUUCAGGCAUUUCCUCCAGAUCUCUGAGGAAGAGGAUUUCCUCCACCUGCCUCUGGAGCGCCUCGUGUUCUUCUUGCAGAGCAAUAAGCUGAAGAGCUGCAGUGAGAUAGACCUCUUCCGCGCUGCCGUCCGCUGGCUGCAGUACGACCCCACCCGCCGUGCCAGCGCCAGCCAGGUCCUCUGCCACAUCCGCUUCCCUCUGAUGAAGUCCUCGGAGCUGGUGGACAGCGUCCAGACCUUGGACAUCAUGGUGGAAGACGUCUUGUGCCGGCAGUAUCUGCUGGAAGCCUUCAACUACCAGAUCCUGCCCUUCCGCCAGCACGAGAUGCAGUCCCCUCGGACCACCAUCCGCUCGGAUGUCCUGUCCCUCAUCACCUUUGGUGGCACUCCCUACACCGACAACGACCGCACCGUCAGCUGCAAGGUCUACUACCUGCCCGAUGCCGGCGGGAGGCAGUUCAAGGAGCUGACAGAGAUGGAGGUGGGCAGCAGCCACUCCUGCGUGGCCGUGCUGGACAACUUUGUCUACAUCGUGGGAGGGCAGCACCUGCAGUACCGGAGCGGCGAGGGAGCCGUGGACAUCUGCUACAGGUAUGACCCACACCUCAACCAGUGGCUGCGCAUCCAGGCCAUGCAGGAGAGCAGGAUCCAGUUCCAACUCAACGUCCUCCACGGGAUGGUCUAUGCCACCGGGGGGAGGAACCGCUCGGGGAGCCUGGCCUCUGUGGAGAAGUAUUGCCCCAAAAACAACGAGUGGACUUACGUCUGCUCCCUGAAACGCAGGACGUGGGGCCACGCCGGGGCCACGGUGGGAGGCAAGUUGUACAUCUCGGGUGGGUACGGCAUCUCGGUGGAGGACAAAAAAGCCCUGCACUGUUAUGACCCCGCGGUGGAUCAGUGGGAGUUUAAAACCCCCAUGAACGAGCCCAGGGUCCUGCAUGCCAUGGUGAGUGCCAACAGCAGGAUUUACGCCUUGGGAGGCCGCAUGGACCACGUUGACCGUUGUUUUGAUGUCUUGGCUGUGGAAUAUUACGUGCCUGAAACAGACCAGUGGACAACGGUGAGCCCGAUGCGUGCGGGUCAGUCGGAGGCUGGCUGUUGUCUGCUGGAGAAGAAGAUUUAUAUCGUGGGAGGGUACAACUGGCACCUGAACAAUGUCACCAGCAUCGUGCAGGUGUAUAACACAGAAACUGAUGAGUGGGAGAGGGACCUGCAUUUUCCAGAGUCUUUUGCUGGGAUAGCAUGUGCUCCUGUCAUCCUGCCACAGGUCACCACUCAGAGAUGACUACACUCCUUGGCCCGUGAAGCCACCGUGUUGCAUGUUACCAGGAUGCUGUGAUGUUCCUUUCUUGUUUGCCAACGGUGUUGUGCAUUUUGUGGGAGAGGGAAGGAGAAAAAUAGCUUGUGUUCCCUCCUCCAGAAAGUCCCUCCUCCUCCUGCGUAGGGUUCUGGCAAGCCAGUUUCAGCAGGAGCACUUGUCAGCCAGUUAGACUUCACAAAUGUUACAGCUGGAAAAAGCUUUUCUCUUUUUCUUCUCUCUUUUUUUUUGGGAUGGGGGGGGUUGCAUUUUGCCAACUGUUCAUGUUUCUAACAACGUUACACGCUGCAAACAUUGACAGCUCAGGAGUAACGAAGUACUGUGGUAUGUUCUAAAGAGUUCAGGUGUGAUUUUUAUUAACAGCUCCAAAAAUCAUUGUAUGACAGUUUGUUUUUUAGCAAACAGAAAAAAACCAAACCCAACCAAAACCCAUAUAACAUACUGACCUCCAGAAGCAAUAAAGGGACAGUGGGAGCUAGAAGAGCUCAGGUGCUUGGAUUAUGAAGCAUAUUCUUGCUUUUCAAAGGUGACUUUUUUCCUUUCCCCUCUAGAAGGGAAAUGCUGAUCCCUGCACACCUCUGGUCUCUGUUGGUUCUUUGUUGUUCAGAUCACACUGCAAUUCCACAUCCUUCUUCACCCUCUUCCAGAGAGCAGCAUGAUACUCUAGUCCAGAAAUUCUCCUUGAAUUGAAACAUCCAGUUUGCAACACUAAAGCCAUGUUGACACCUUGACUGCAUAGAGAUGGGCAUGACUACUUAUUUUUUUAUAACUGCCAAAAAUUUCUUUGGCUUCACUGGCAAUAAAAGCUCUUCUUUGGGGCUGACCCAGGAAAGCAAAGAGCACCUGGAGUUUCUGGUUCAGGACCUGCUGCCUUUGCCUUUCCCAUCACUCCACCCCUACAUCUUCAUCCAAACUCUUCUUGUGCAGAAAAGGAGGUGGGUGCUACUUGUUCCUAAGCUUGAAGGUUUUCUCCCUUGAUCUGUAAAUAAGAUCCUUGGCAUCCUGAUCUGAUGGAAGUCUACGUGGAAUGGGGGUUUUCUCAUCGUUGUUGCCAGUGGGUAUAUUAAUAAACCAAGAGAUAAGUUUUAAGAUGACUCUGCCAUUUUUGUAAAGUCUGUGUUUACUGCACAGACUUCCUGAACUUUCCUUCAAGCUGUUUUUUUCUAAUUAAUUUGACCAAUUCAUUAAUUGAAUGUUUCUCCUUUUAUCAGGUAUUCUGUUUCCAGGCCUUUGUUUUGUACUGGUCUUAAAUUUGAUUUUGAUGCAAGCGGUCUUUUUACAGAAAGAGUUGUAUUCUACUGUUAAAUAAAUACUGUGCUGUAACCUUUAGAGACAAUAUAGAAUGUCUGUUAUGCUCAUGAAUCAUUGAGCAGGUUGGUGUGAAGCAUGAACUCCAUACCUCAGAUUCACUUUGAGAUACUUUUCAUCAUGAAAUCAAAGCACCUUUGGACACGUUACGGUGAGGGCAGGUGCUCCUCAGUUAAGCUCUGCAUUCUAAAUUUUAGAUAAGGUGAUGCCUAAUUUCAUCUGUUCUUAUUUAUUUGUUGGUUUGCCAGUAAUAAAUUAAUGAAAGUACUUGUUGUUGUAGAGUGUGCUGCAGUCAGGGGGCAGGCUCUGUGGCUGAGCCCUCUGGCAGUUGAUUUGCUCCAUUCUCUUGUUCAUUUGGUCUGGCGCAGAAGCUCGAAACGCUGCAGAACAGCCCUGCCAGAUAACAAGCCAGUUUUGAAAGGACGAAAUGUAACUUGAUACAAGCUUCAAAGUUACAAAAUAAUGGAUUUUCUUUUCUUUUUCUUUUUAAUGCUUCCAUAUGUUUAUGGAAAGGGUAACAAAUGGCAGGUUCCUUGCUUUCCCAUUUGCGCAAUACGAUUAAUCCUCUUACGAGUGUGUCGUUCUUUCAUUGUUGCCUUCCUCAAAUUCUUCAGUAUCCUCCCCUAUUUUAUUGACUUUUUCCUACCAAAAGCAUUUCUGUGGCAGCAAUUGAUGGUCAGGGUGUUUUCUAAUAACUGGGUUUUUCUGAACGUGUAGCUUUCAUAAAGCCACGUCAUGACUGGAGAAGUCAGGAGGUGACCAUGGUUGGCAUCUUGUUGUGAGGAAACGUUGCUUGAUUUUUCACUUCGAACUUCUAAGGUACUUGGGUGUGUCAAGGGUAAAAAGGGGUGGGGGGGAAGAAAAAUCCUUGAAAAAAUAAAAGAUAACCUCUGUAUUCCUUCACACUGGAGUGGUGGCUUUGCAGAUGGGGGAUGCACAAAGCCAUUCUGUAACUGAAGUUAAUAAACAUGCAGCAAACUAGUCUGGAACCCCACGUUCCCAUUCCCUGACAUGGGAGCUGAGAAAGGUUUCCAGAUUCUCUCACUGAGACUAUUCACCACUUCUCUUUGUUACUGGAAUGUUCUUUUUAUAGCAACAUAAAUAAUUAUUUUUCAUCAGGUUAGCUAGAAAUACUCUAGCUGUUCUAAACUUAGCAGAGACAUUUGUGGAAGUGCAUUUCAUGUGGAUUGAUAAGAAAGUUGGUUUUACCCCUGUGAAGUAUGGAGAUGUGGCUCUGGGCUGUUUUGUGCAGAACUUGUCUGUUAUUUUGAAAAUAAAUGGGUU